UAUAUUAAGCGUAUACAACAAGUGGACGAUCAAUUCUCCUCACGUCGAGAGGGGAAGAAGGAGCAGAAUGUUAGCCGUAAUCGUUAUAAGAACAUCGUGCCAUUUGAUCACACCCGGGUUAUUCUGAAAGAUAUACCUCCCAAUGAGUCGGACUAUAUCAAUGCUAGCUAUAUCAAAAUACCAAAGGGACCACCAUUACAUCUGUAUGCGGAUCGAGAGUACAUCUCCACACAGGGUUGCUUGCCGAACACGCUACUUGACUUUUGGAGAAUGGUUUGGCAAGAAAAUAGUCGUGUUAUUGUGAUGACAACAAAGGAAAUGGAACGUUCGAGGAGCAAAUGUCAUGUAUACUGGCCAGCCUUACGCGAAGAAUUGAAUCUUCGCGAAUACAUAAUCAAGACUGUUGAGGAGGUCAAAGUGCCUGGUGAUAAUGGGCUUGAUAUGUUCAUCAAGAGAAGAUUUAUGGUAGCCAAAAAAGGUAUGCCGCAAAGGGAGUUGUUCCACCUUCAAUUUAUCGGUUGGCCAGACCACGGAUGUCCCGAGCAUCCCGAGUCAGUACUGCGGUUUUUGGAAGCAGUGGAUGUAGCUUGCAAAAAGGCGAUCUCUACUCAGGGACCUGUCAUAGUUCACUGCAGCGCUGGUAUUGGAAGAACGGGGACCUUCAUUGUAAUUGAUAUAUUGUUGAAUCAAAUCCGCCAUAGAGGCAGCUCCUGCCCUAUAGAUAUUCCUAGGACUGUGAUGAAAAUUCGUGAACAACGUAGUCGUAUGGUGCAGACUGAAGCGCAAUAU